CCCCGGGGCCAAGCUCCGCGCGAGUCCGACUCGGGUCAUCUAUACCAGAGACAGGCAGCAAGGCACCUACAGGCAGCCAGUUCCGACAGCACCAGAGUGUUUUACCCUUGGCUGGAUUCUCCCUCAGUGAAGAUGUCCCAGUCUUCCUCGGCAGAUGAAGGAACCACGUUUGAACACCUCUGGAGUACUCUGGAGCCAGACAGUACAUACUUUGAUCUCCCCCAGUCCAGCCAAGGAGGCAGUGAGGUGGUGGCUGGUGGGACUGUGGUCAGCAUGGAUGACUUCCAUAUGCAGAGCAUGAAUGAGUCCGUCAUGUCCCAGUUUAAUCUGCUCACCAACACCAUGGAUCAGAACAGCAGCAGCCGCGCGGCCUCCACCAGCCCCUACAAUCCAGAGCACUCUGCCAGCGUCCCGACGCACUCUCCCUACUCCCAGCCCAGCUCGACAUUUGACACCAUGUCCCCUGCGCCUGUCAUCCCUUCCAACACGGACUACCCCGGCCCCCAUCACUUUGAGGUCACUUUCCAGCAGUCCAGCACCGCCAAGUCAGCCACUUGGACAUACUCGCCACUGCUGAAGAAACUGUACUGCCAGAUCGCCAAGACGUGCCCCAUCCAGAUCAAGGUGUCGACGCCCCCUCCCCCUGGCACCGUCAUCCGGGCGAUGCCCGUCUACAAGAAGGCAGAGCAUGUGACUGAGGUGGUGAAGCGCUGUCCCAACCACGAGCUCGGCAGAGACUUCAAUGAAGGACAGUCAGCCCCAGCAAGCCACCUCAUCCGAGUGGAGGGCAGCAACCUCUCUCAGUAUGUGGAUGACCCUGUCACUGGGAGACAGAGUGUGAUGGUGCCAUAUGAGCCACCGCAGGUAGGGACAGAAUUCACCACCAUCCUGUACAACUUCAUGUGCAACAGCAGCUGUGUGGGAGGCAUGAACCGGAGGCCCAUUCUCAUCAUCAUCACGUUGGAGACUAGAGACGGGCAGGUUCUAGGCCGGAGGUCAUUCGAGGGGAGGAUCUGUGCCUGUCCUGGCAGAGACCGGAAAGCAGAUGAGGAUCACUACCGGGAGCAGCAAGCCCUGAACGAGAGCGCAGCCAAGAAUGGGAACGCCGCCAAGCGCGCGUUCAAGCAAAGCCCACCUGCCAUCCCUGCCCUGGUGGCCAAUGUGAAAAAGAGGAGAAAUGGGGAUGAGGAGAUAUACUAUAUGCCUGUGCGUGGCCGAGAGAAUUUUGAAAUACUGAUGAAAAUCAAAGAGAGCCUGGAACUUGUGGAGCUGGUUCCUCAACAACUGGUGGACUCCUAUCGGCAGCAGCAGCAGCAGCAGCUCCUCCAGAGGCCGAGUCACCUACAGUCUCCCUCAUCCUACGGCCCAGUCCUCUCACCGAUGAACAAAGUCCAUGGGGGAAUCAACAAACUGCCUUCAGUCAACCAGCUUGUGGGGCAGCCUCAGCAGCACACCACUGCCGGAGGGCCCACUCUGGGGCCCAUGGGCCCUGGAAUGCUGAACAGCCACAAUCAUCCCAUGCAGUCCAAUGGUGAAAUGAAUGGUGGCCAUUCCUCCCAGUCCAUGGUCCCAGGGUCGCACUGCACACCUCCUCCUCCAUAUAAUGCUGACCCCAGCCUCGUCAGUUUUUUAACAGGAUUGGGGUGUCCAAACUGCAUCGAGUAUUUCACAUCCCAAGGGCUGCAGAACAUUUACCACCUGCAGAAUCUAACCAUAGAGGAUCUUGGGGCCCUGAAGAUUCCUGAUCAGUACAGAAUGACCAUCUGGAGGGGUCUUCAGGAACUGAAGCAGAGCCAUGACUAUGGGACCCAGCAGCUUAUCCGCUCGAGUAGCAAUGCUUCGACCAUCUCCAUCGGGAGCUCGGGGGAGCUUCAGCGCCAGCGCGUGAUGGAGGCUGUGCAUUUCCGAGUGCGCCACACAAUCACUAUCCCCAAUCGCAGUGGGGCGGAUGAGUGGGCAGACUUUGGCUUCGACCUCCCUGAUUGCAAGUCCCGCAAACAGUCCAUUAAAGAAGAGUUCACAGAUGGGGAGAUCAACUGAGGAUGGGGAAGGGAAGGCUGGGGCAGAUCCAGGAGGGGCUUCCCAAGGGGUGAGGUCCCCCAACCAGACUGGCUUCCAAAGGAAACAUUCAAAAAAGAGAAAAGAAAAACUCCAGGUAUGGGAGAGUAAUAUAGAAAUGAGGGACAGUGUCUUUCUCUGCCCUCUACCCUUCUUCUGUCCACUCAGAAGUAUUUGAAUGGGGAAGAUUAGUGUCAUUAUGAAAACUGACUUGAAAUCUUUUGCAUCUCAGCUUCUGUAGGGAUUCUGCCAGCUUUCAGACCCUUUGUAACAAGGGGAUCUGCCUUCCUGAUGGACUGCCAAAAAAAAAAAAAAGUAUUUUUCAGUAUCCUUCAGUUCUCCACAAAAAAGCUUGACUGCAUCAUUGUAUUUCAAAUGCUGUCUGUGUACUUGUGAGCUCGCCCCUGCAUCUGCUGUAUAAAGGAAAUCAUUGAUUUUUUCAA